AUGGGUAGCGCUCCAUCCAAGCAGGUCGAGGCCGGCGCGCAGGAGAAGCUGGCCGAGGCUCUCCGCGCCCUCGAGCUGAGGAACGACCGCGAGCUUGUUGAAAAGGACUACGUCUUCGUCCAGGAUGAUGCGCCUCCGCAGUACACGCCGUGUGAACACCAGUCGACCGUCUCUACAUCGACUACCGAGAAGUGGGAGAGGGAGCUCCUCGACGAUCCCAAGAACCAGCUCGCCCUCAACGCCCUGCAGUCCAACAACGCCAACGCUAUUCUCAUGAACAACCGCGCCGUCGUGCGCGACUCGCAGAUCUUCAACCUCUCCAUUCCCUUCGAGGGCGCCCCGGUCACCAACCAGCGCUCGUCCGGCCGUUGUUGGCUGUUCGCUUCGCUGAAUGUCUUCAGGGUGUCGAUAAUGAAGAAAUACAAGCUGGACAAGUUCGAACUGAGCCAGCAGUAUGUCUUCUACUGGGACAAGAUCGAGAAGGCCAACUACUUCCUCGAGAACGUCCUUCAGACCCUCGACGAGCCUCUCGAUGGCCGCUUGCUGCAGACGCUGCUUGCCAGCCCUGUCGGUGACGGCGGCCAGUGGGAUAUGGUCGCCAAUCUUGUCCAAAAGUAUGGCCUGGUCCCGCAGUCCAUCUACCCCGACACCUUCAACGCGAAGAGCUCUUCCCUGAUGGACCGACUGAUCACCACGAAGCUCCGCGAGCACGCUCUCAAACUGCGCAAACUCGCCUCCUCGACCAACCCGUCCGUCCGGGCGUCUAUCGGCGGCGCCAAGGAAAAGAUGAUGCGCGAGAUCCACCUCAUCCUAACGCUGAUGCUCGGCCCCCCGCCGUCGCCAUCCAAGCCCUUCACCUGGGAGUUCUACAACAAGGACAAGAACUUCACUUCAAUCACAACGCGCCCCACGGCGUUUGCGAGGGAGCUGUCGGACAACCGCACGGUCAAGGCAUGCGGCGGGGCCGACGUGCACCGGCUGUUCAGCCUGGUCAACGACCCGCGCAACUCGUACAACACGCUGCUGACGGUGAACCGGCUGGGCAACGUGUGGGGCGGGCGGCCCAUCACGUACGUCAACGCCGACAUGACGACGAUGAAGAAGGCGGUCAUCGAGAUGCUGCGCAAGGGCUUCCCCGUCUUCUUCGGCAGCGACGUCGGCAAGUACUCGGACUCGACCAAGGGCAUCAUGGACACGGCGCUGUACGACUACGAGCUGGGCUUCAACACGCGCCUCGGCAUGAGCAAGGCAGAGCGUCUGAUGACGGGCGAGAGCGCCAUGACCCACGCCAUGGUGCUGACGGCCGUGCACAUCGACGAGAAGACGGGCAAGCCGGUGCGCUGGCGCGUCGAGAACAGCUGGAGCGAGGAGGCCGGCUCGCAGGGCUACUUUGUCAUGAGCGACGCCUGGAUGGAUGAGUUCGUGUACCAGGCUGUUGUGGAUCCUAGCGUCGUGAGCAAAGAGGUUCGGGAUGUGCUGAAGCAGGACCCUGUUGUGCUUGAUCUGUGGGACCCUAUGGGUGCUCUCGCUUAA